AUGGCAUCGCAUCAUGACUUUCAGUUUCCAUCCAACUCAUAUAUUCCUUCAUCAUUACAUGGAUUGUCAGGCUUACAUCAGGAUUCGUGGCCAUAUUCGUUUUCAUCUCAAUCACACGGUGUUCAAUAUCCACAUAGACCUCUACAUUAUGACUUGUCAUAUCCUUCCAUUGCCAGUACUAGUAGAUUCAGUCAGAACUAUGGUGCUCUGUUUAUGCAACAAUCAAUGAGAUCGAACCAGUUAAGUGCCCUCUCUGGACAAUGUGAUUUUACAAAAGGAAGUGAUUCGACUAGAUCUAGAUUUGCUGAUCCGAGAUUAGCGAGUGAUUUCCCUAUAGGUCAUACUGCUAUUUCAGGUUUAGAGAGUUCCGUAUCAGAGGCGGGAAAGGAUCUGUAUUGGUUUUAA